CACUGCGGGCUACAUAAUUAUUUAUCGUCUAUACAGGAUGUACAAUCAGCAUAGUAACGUAAGGAUGUUGAAUAAUUAAUGACGAGUGAAUGGAGCAUAUCCGAUCAGUAAUACUUUUAAUUUUUUUGUGAUGUCGAAAAAAAUUGUCAUGCUUCCAAUAUGUUAUUUUCCAAGGCGAUAUCUUGUCAUUCUCCAGUUCCACGUUCUUCUAAUUUUGCUCCUUUUUCCAGCCAAGGAAUGUACCAUGCCAGAAGCAAGUCAAGAAGGAUUGUUACAUUCGUUCAAAAGUUAUUCGGAUAUAGCUAUGUUUCAUUAUACAGUUCCAAGUGAAGUGCUCAGGGCAACUUGGCAGUUCGCUGCAUUUAUGGAUCGGCAAGAUUGUCCAGAAAGAAAAGUGCACAUGAUUUUCAGAUAUCUUCAGUGGGGCAGUUACCCUGUGAUGUCUAUAAAUAAUGAUACAUUUCCUACCAAUAUGUAUCCCAAACGUAAUCGCACGAUUGUAGUCUCUGCGCUUACAACAUUCGAACCAAAAACGACUGCAAUUGUACCAAUUUAUGGACCAGAAUCUGGAGAUUGGUUUGUAGGAGCAUAUUUAUCUCACUGGGAUGAAAAGGUUCAACAACAGGGGCUUGGACAUAAAUGCCAUUAUAGUAUAGGUUCUGUAGCUAUAUGGACACAGAUGAAUAGUAUCGAGAACAUACCUAUCGGUUGUCCACAUACUUUGAGGACAAAAGAAACCACCUCUUAUUACAAAAUAUACAUAGCAUCAGGAAUAUGGAACUUUCGUGUACAUAUUUGGGGUUGUAAUUUUACCGUGUAUACAUCUCGUAGUAUACACGAACCUUGUAUUAAAAGUAUAAAUUUACAAGGACGCUCUUUACCUGUUUUUAAUCACUCUGAACCCAGAGGAAUUGGAAAUUUUACCAUGUUAGAUUCGUAUACCUUUAUAGAAUCUUCUCCUUAUGAAGAUAGUUAUUAUUAUUUGAUGAUUAUUUCAGAUAGUAUCAUUGAAUUAAAUGUAAAAGUAAUCAUUGCAGAAUGUCCAAUCAGGGUGACAGAAAAAUCAUUUGUAAGACAGUAUUUGGAUGCGCCUUCGUUUUCUAAAGCAUUAGCACAGUUACAUAUGGAAGAUUUAACAAAACAUCAUUUACAUCAUUAUGAGGACAAAAAAAAUGUAUCAUCUUACAAUGGUGUUGAUUUGAGAAAUCAAAUUCAUUUAUCAGAUGAAAAUUUUGAUGAUACGUGUGUUCCAAGAUACCAACUUGCUAGAAUUAAGCACUCGCAAACAUUCUCUGGUGUUUACUUACUACAGGGUAGAGAAUGGCUAACUUCUUGGGUAAUGUUAACAGAUCUACAUCCGGUAAUAACACAAUUUAAUAUUUUGCCAUUAAUAGAUAUUGGUGGUACACUUGAUAUUAGUGCACACUUAGAAAUGGACAAAGUAAUAACAAAACAAUUAGUUAAAGUUGUACUUUGCAUUCAACGUGGUCGAGUUCCGAAUAGACUAAAAGCUAGUAUCGUAUGUGAGGAUUCAAAAAUGUUAAUGAAUUUAUCUUCGUUUAGUAAACAUGAUGCAAGUUUGUUGAUACCAUAUCCACAACCAGAUACAUGGUAUGUUGCUUUACACGCAACAUGCCAUUUUAAUGGACAUCCUGUAAAUUGUGAAAUGGAAGAGAUCUUAGUAUCAUUGGAUAUACGAACUAGACAGUGCGUGUUUUCUGGAAAUUAUCCAUGUGGCCAUCACGGAAUUUGUCAAGAAAUUCAUCGAGAUAUCCUUUAUUAUACUACGUGUAAAUGCUUUGCAGGAUACAAAGGAUGGGGGUGCACUGAUGCUACUAGUGCAAAUCCAGAAUCAUCUCUGGUUAUGACAACGAUGAUACUUACUUUAAGUAAUGGUUUUUUUAUACCUGCUAUAUAUUUAGCUGUUAAGCGUGGUUUAUAUACUGAGGGAUUGGUCUAUCUGGCAACAAUGCUUUUUUCAUCUCUAUACCAUGCUUGUGAUCAGCAUGUUAUGACCUAUUGUGUUGCUAAAUAUGAAGUUUUGCAAUAUAGUGAUUUUUUUUCAAGCAUAUUAGCAUUUUGGGUGACACUUGUGGCAAUGGCUGAAAUACCGACACGUUUCGUGUCACUGUAUCAUAUGUUUGGAGUUCUUAUAAUAGCUUUUGGAGUGGAAUCUAAUAAAACAAGUUUAAUUAGUAUAUUAGUACCUUUAGGAAUAGGUGUUAUGAUUCCAAUGGGAGCAUAUGCUUAUCGGUGUUUUCAAUUGAAAAAAUGGAAAAAACCUAAUAAAAUUUCCAAAGUAUUAACAGGAUUAUUAUUAGCAACAAUAGGCUUGUUACUCUUUUCUCUAGGUGAAACGGAAGCUAAUUAUCAAUAUGUUCAUAGUGCAUGGCAUAUGAUAAUAGCUAUUUCAUUAAUAUUUCUGUUACCACCAUCGCGAUUGGAACAAGUUGGUUCUUCUGGUACUAACUCAUUUAGCGAUGAUAGUGAGUUACUUGAUUAUAAGGAUCCACCUGGUAGUCCGAUUUUUACAGUUACUACUGGUCAGGAAAAUUUGGUAAUUGCAUCAAAUUAAAACUCAUGUUA